AUGGGGAUAAUUCAACCAAAACUAAAUAACUUUUUCUACUUACAGAUUAAAUAUCAUUUAUAGAAUUUUGAAUCUUAUACAAUAAAAUUAAGUGAAAUCUUGUAAGAUUAAGAUUUGAAUCCAUAGUAUAAAGAAGAUCUCAUAAAAUUAUUCAAAUUACUAUAAAUGUAAUACAAAGAAGAGUUAGAGAUUGAUAGAUAUGAGUUUAGUAUUAUUAUAGUAAUGAUUAAAAUAUAAUUACAAGAUAUUAUUUACUAAAAUUACUUUGGAACAUAAAUUGGAACAAAUAUUUUGUUUGAUAACUCAGACAGGAAUUUUGAAUUUUUAAGAAUUUUUUUGGUUAACUCAGUCAUUUGUAAGGGCCACAUGCAAAGUCAAUUUAUUAUCCAUUCCGAUUUUUGAUUAAAUACUGAAAAUUACGUAGAAGAUGUAUUAAUAAAUGAGAAAGGAUAUUGACGAAAAUUUAAUGCUCAUUGAAGUGAUUGAUUAUAUUAAAAGUAAUUCGGAAAUAUCGCAAUUCAUACUCCAGUUCUAUAAAAUUUAAACUUAUGAAAAUGCUAUUCGUUAAUAGGAAAUGCAAUUACAAUCCUAUAUAAAAUUAUUUGUUUAAUCAAUAGGUUUGACAAGAAAAUAUGUUAACGUUGACUAAUUGACGAAGAAUUGGAAUAUGGGAAAUCUUGAUAAAUAGCAUUAACAAUAUUUAAUAUCUCUUAUGUUGAAACAAAAGUAGAAUAAGUAAAAAUAAACAAAUUUUAUCAAAUUAUCUUAAUUUUUACAUGUAAUUUCAAACUAUUUGGCUUAUAUUGUUAAUGAUAUAGAAAAUACUAAUAGUUUAUCAAUUGAUUUUAUUACAUAUUUGGUUUAUGCCUAAGAGGAGAUUAUUAUAACUGCUGAUAGGUUUGAAAAAAUUAAGACUACCCUUUGUAAAGAACGCUAAUUUAUUACUUUACAUAUGUGGAUGGAUUAUCAAUGUAUUCAGGAAUGCAAUAAGUUUGAAUCCCAAAUAAGAUCAUUAAUUAGGUAUUACGAACAAAUCUAUUCAAACAAAGAUUUCAAUUAACUUAUCUAAAAAAUUAACAAGCUGGUUAAAAAAAAUGA